AUGGAACAACAACAAAGAAAAAGCGACUGUAAGACAUCUCCCCGUUCUCAACAUGGAUGUACAAACUGUCGCCGAAGCAAGGUCAAAUGCGACGAGCACAAGCCAAUUUGCACCCGGUGCUGGCAGAAAGAUCUGCAGUGUUCGAGCAACUUUCAACUGAAAUGGGAAUCGAACUACCGUGAUCGUGGGGUCGCCUUUGGCAGGUCUGGCCUCUGGGGUAAAAAUACCCCCAAGAAUCGACAGACUCCAACGCGCUCGACAGAAUCAGGCUCAGCCUUCCAGGAAGAGACUACAUGGCUUGCGACUCCGACUAUUCAACCCUGGACAUUUCUUAACAACGAUGUGUCCUUAAUACGACGACUUUAUGAUGAAGAGCAAGGCCACACCAAACGACAGCUUUUGCCAGCUUUCGAUGUCAAAUUGGCAAUUGGUGAACAAGGGCCUCGUGAGCCAUUUCUAUCAACUUCGAGGUCAAGUUCUCCUUCCAGCCUGUCAAAGGGUAUAGACAGGGCGCCAGUGCAGACCCUUCCAUCAUCUCUAUCGAUUUUUCCAUCACUGGAUGAGAUAGGAAACCGAUCGUUGUUCGACUACUAUAUCAAUCAUAUAUGCCCUAGGACAGUGCAUAGCCCUCUUUCGCAAUCACCAUUUGCGUCGGUUAUACUUCCCUAUUGCGCAUCAGCUACGCCCACAGUUCUACGCGCAAUCCAGGCGCUGGCCGCCUGCCAUUGGGCCCAGUACGACCCUCAAUAUACCAACAUCAGUCUACAAUUAAAGUCGCGAGUUCUCAGAGAAUUCCGAAAACGAAUCAGUGUUGACCGAGGCGCUUUGUUAGCGUCUGACCCUGAAAUCUUGGUAAUCGUGAUGUUUUUAUGUAUGUUCGAUAUUGUGGAUUACUGUAACUCUCAAUGGAUUGUUCAUCUCCAAGGAGCGAAAGAUAUUAUUCGACUUCGAAGACGACAACUGCAGAUCUCAACCGGCGGAAAUGGAGACCCGCAGCAAGAUGAAGUGUCUUCAUUUGUGGAGCUUUUCUUUGCCUUUCAAGACGUGAUGGGGCGCACAGCUUGUGCGAAAGCAGACCUUUUCGGCCCAAGAUACUGGGAUGAAACAGAUACAACGAUCAAUCCAUGGAUGGGGUGCAGUCCCGCGCUUGUCUCAAUUCUAUUCUCGGUGAUGGAUCUCAGUCGGUCACGACAGCGCAUGCUCUUGAGUGAUGACCAGAUGACAUUUGAGACUAGAGCUGCCACGUUGAAAAACAGGCUCGAAGAGCUCGAGCAACAACCCUGUACCAAAGAAAGUGACCAGACAAUCCCUAGAAUUGCCGAAGUGAAGAAACUCACCUGUAUCGUUUUUCUGAAAUGCGCGUUAUAUGGCGGGCGGCCAUCGGACCCGGAGAUCAAGACUUUGGUAAGGAAGAUAAUGAUGGAGAUUCAAGAGUUACUAGCAUUGGAAGCAGUAUGCCAACUUAUUUGGCCUCUGUUCGUUGCUGCUGUGGAGUUGGAUCCGCUUGACAUUGAGCUUUUGUCCAAUCCAGAAUCCGGCUUAUUGACCAAUGGGAGAAGGCUUGUAUUGGAAUUACUCGAAUCAAUGGCCAUGAGCAGUGUCUCUAGUGUUCAUCGGACGCGUGUGGUUAUUGAGCAGGUUUGGAACUCUCGAGACUUCAGCAUAUCAAAGUCCUCGGAGCCCGUACGAGCGUCUACCUUGGAUUUGAAUGACUGGGAGCAGUAUGUAGUACCAGUUAGUGAUGCUUUAAGUCUGGUAUAG